CGCGACCCCGGAAGUGAGUUCUCUUGCCCCCAGUAGUAAUGGCGUCUAAGGGGGCUCGGCAGCGGGUGAAAGGAACCAGAGGAGAAAAAGAGGAAAACAGCUGGAGGCAGAAGGAAGAAAGCCGGGUAGCGGAGCACAGAGCAGAGUCCGCAUGUAGUACAGCAGGUCAGGUGUGGGCACCCGAGGGAUCUACUGCCUUCAAAUGCCUGGUUUCUGCCAGGUUUUGCGCGGCAUUACUGAGCAACAUCUCAGACUGCGAUGAAACGUUCAACUACUGGGAACCUACACACUACCUCGUAUAUGGCAAAGGAUUCCAGACAUGGGAAUAUUCCCCAGCCUACGCGAUUCGCUCGUACGCUUACCUCUGGCUACAUGCAUUACCCGCCUGGUUUCAUGCCCACGUCCUGCAGACAAAUAAGGUCCUGGUGUUUUACUUUAUACGAUGUUUUCUAGCUUUUAUUAGCUGUGUUUGUGAACUUUAUUUCUACAAGGCAGUAUGCAAAAAGUUUGGCCUCCAUGUUGGUCGGCUGAUGCUGGCUUUCCUGGUGCUAAGCACAGGAAUGUUUUGUUCAGCAGCAGCGUACCUCCCCAGUACUUUCUGUAUGUAUACCACAGUGAUAGCCAUGACCGGCUGGUAUACGGAGAAGGUUGGCUUGGCCGUGCUUGGAGUGGCUGCGGGGGCUAUUUGGGGCUGGCCCUUCAGUGUUGUCUUAGGGAUACCUAUUGCCUUUGAUGUCCUGUUCCUGAAGCGAAAGUGGAAGAGUUUUAUCAACUGGUGUUUAGUGGCACUAAUAUUGUUUUUGGUCCCCCUGGCGGCCAUUGACAGUUAUUAUUACGGCAAGCUGGUAAUAGCCCCUCUAAAUAUCGUCCUGUACAAUGUCUUUACUAACCACGGACCCGACCUUUAUGGCACCGAACCUUGGACGUUCUACUUCAUCAAUGGCUUCCUGAAUUUUAACGUGGUGUUUGUUAUGGCCCUCUUUGUAUUGCCCUUGACGGCACUGAUGGAACAUCUAUUGCAAAAAAUCAACACAGUUCAGAACCUUGGAAGACCCUAUUGGCUGACGUUGGCCCCUAUGUAUAUCUGGAUUCUGAUCUUCUUCACUCAGCCACAUAAAGAGGAGAGGUUUCUAUUUCCCAUCUACCCCCUCAUCUGCCUCUGUGGAGCUGUUGCUCUUUCUGCACUUCAGAAAUGCUACCAUUUCGUAUUCCAACGAUAUCGCCUGGAACAUUACACCGUAUCUUCCAACUGGCUGGCCCUGGGAUUUGUUUUCCUGUUUGGUCUCCUGUCUUUCUCCCGUUCCGUAGCUCUGUUCAGAGGUUACCAUGGGCCCUUGGACCUGUAUCCUGAAUUCCAUCGGAUUUCCAAAGACGCAACAAUCCACACGGUGCCAGAAGGGAGGACGGUCAACGUGUGCGUGGGAAAGGAAUGGUACCGUUUCCCCAGCAGCUUCCUCCUGCCAGACCAUUGGCAACUUCAGUUCAUCCAGUCAGAGUUCAGAGGUCAACUCCCAAAACCAUUUGCUAAGGGACAGCGGGCAACCAGGAUUAUUCCUAAAGACAUGAAUGACCAGAAUCUUGAAGAGACAUCUAGAUAUGUGGAUAUUUCAAAGUGCCAUUACUUGGUUGAUUUGGAUUCUGUCACUGAGACUGCACGGGAGCCACGCUAUUCUGCAAAGGAAGAUUGGACAGUCAUAGCGUAUAAGCCAUUCCUGGAUGCUACAAGGUCCUCCAAGCUCUAUCGUGCCUUUUACAUCCCGUUUGUAUCCAGUUGGCACACCACUUACUCCAACUACACCAUUCUGAAACCCCGUAGGCCAAGGCCGAUGAAGAGGAAGAGUGGCUUGUAAUGGAAAGUAAACUGGACCAUGUAUUUUCUUUGAAGGACACGUGAUGCUGUCAUACAGCCGUGGCUGCCUUCCCUACCAGUCGGUGGUCUCUGAAUGCAGAUCUGUGAGGCAGUGCCGGGGGGGGGGGCAUUGCUGCUUCUGGUAUUCUCCUAUAAUUCUGCUCCUACAGUGGACACACACUUGAAUGGGUAUAGGGAGCAGUGGGAAAGCCACAUGUUGAUGAGCAGUAUCACAAGGGUUAUUCACCAAGAUCCAUUGUAGAGUGCUAUCAGUGUUUGUCACUUAAAGGUGCUGUCCCAUUCAGAUUAAACAUUAACUACGCUCCCUAGUAUGUAAAUUAAAAAAAAAACCUUAGCAGAGCUGCCCAAAGGUAUAAUCGCAAAUAACUGUUUCUAGGGCAAAAUCAGUGCCGGGUUUGUGUCACAUGAUGAAUGUUCCCAGUAAAAUUAUACAUGAAACAAAAAUCUAAAUUAUAAUAGAAUUAAAUUCCAGCAGGAUUAGGGCUUGGUUCUAAUUAUGCAUUAAAAAUAUAAAAAGCAUUAAGUUAAAGCAGAGUAGAUGGGACAGCACCUUUAAAACGUUUAAAAUGUUGCAUCUCCAUUUAUGUGUGUACUUAGGUACAUAUCCGUAAGUAUAAAUAAUAUGAGGGUGAUCUACUUCACUACACCUUGAGCUUGGCUUUGGGUGCUUGAUUUCGCGUAUCAUUGCAGGACGUACACUCUGAACUUAUGAUCCCAUUGGAGACUGGAAGCUCAAAAAGUU